AUGUUGGAUACGAGGGCGACCGAGGCCAUUCUUAUAAUCAUGAGCUCACAAGUUUUCCAGCCAGAGAUUGCGCGGGCCAGUGUCGUCCCAAUACAAGAUGACGAGUUCCAACCAUCCUUGACAAGAGUCGCAACUCUGUCAACUCAUUUCCCUCACCGCGAGCCGCUAGGGAAAAAAAAGAAGUGGCAAAUGGUUGAACCUGAGCUUAAGAUCCAAGAACCAAAUCAUGAUGAAAGACGAACGCAAAUUUUUGACUUCAAAGACCGGUUUAAGGACCAGUUCCCCACACAUUGA